UGUAUUUAUUUAUUUUCUUUUAUUUUUAUUGUACUUACUUUACUUUUUCGUGUCUGGAUCCGACUACAGUUUUUCUGCCCAAUAUCGGGCCACGUCUACACCCUUUGUAUUUGCGAGCCAUAAAUCAUCGAGGGUGCACUGUGAUGGGCAAAGUCUGCAUACUCUCAGGUGAUCCACGUUCUGUAUUUCCCCACAUUCACAAAGUGCGUCGUUAUCUGUCUUGAUGCCCCAUUUAAUGAGGUUCUGUUUUACAGGGGCAACACCUGUGCGUAUGCGAUUGAGUGUCCGCCAGGUUCUCCAGUCCAGGUUCAUUCCAUUAGGUCGUUCUGGAUGUAGGGGGAACAGUUCGGGUGGUUCGGCGCUGACAUUUUGUAAUGAUAGGCUGACGCUCCGACCAAACAUCGACACUCGGAACCGUGCGAUUCUCUCAAAUCGCGCAGGUGCCCCCACUAAGUUCCACCUCUCCGAACCAACGCCGCCAGAGGGAUAUUUAAGAGCAUCGCAAGCAACUAUCCGGCGGUCCUGAACGACCGUUCUGGGCUCCAUAACCAGCCAAGCGAAGUGAGCGAGGCCGGCCAACCUGAAUCGCGACGUGCACCGUUCGUGAGGUGAUUCGUAAACUCAGGCAGGCCAACUCGAGACGAGACGCACGGUGUACCGAAGUGAGACGCCCAUCCGGAGGAGGACUUCGCUGGGACGAGAUAGAAUGUUAAAUUAUUAUUUUGCGUUAAAUUGUUUAUAAUUUAGAGUUAAUAGUUUUGUUUUCAACCUGUGUUUUACUGAGUCUGUCGUCCUGAAAGAACUACCCGUUACAAAUUUGGCGCCCGAGCAAAAGUCGAAAUAUACGCAAGUAAACGUCGUUAUUCAACGCCCAGAUAAUAACAAAAAUGCCGACAGAUAAAGACACAGACUCAGUAUCAGGUGCCACGACGGGUACGUCAUGGAUAAAUCGUCUUUCCAAAGAGGAAUUACAGCGCGACGCCGAAAGGUGCGGAUUGGAUUCCAAAGGAACCGUCGACGAGUUAACGUUAAGACUCAGAACCUUUUAUAAGGAUCGCGGGGAAGCGACAGGAACAAUCCCAAAAAUCAAUAUUUCCAAGGAAGCCGAACCAGACACACUGACCCAAGAAAUUUCAUUAAUUAGAAACCAAUUACAAGACUUAACAAUGACAAAACAAAUGAGGCAAUCAGAUUUGCUAAAUCAAGUGCGGAGGUGGAACACACACUUCGACAAGAAACAUUCGGAUGCAGUAGACUUCAUAGAAAGGAUAGAUGAAUUAAGCCUAGCCUACGAGGUCGAUAAGCAAGAUCUGCUAAAAGCAUUACCAGAAUUGUUAGGAGACCACGCAUUGUUAUGGUACCGAAACAACAACAGACAUUGGGAUUCAUGGACGGACUUCAACAAAGAUUUUAAGAAAGCUUUUUAUCCCAGAGAAUAUUUGCUACAGCUAGAGGAGCAAAUCAGAAACAGGAAGCAAAGGAAAAACGAACCAGUGGAUAGAUACAUCACGGAUAUUCAAACAUUGAUCAGACGAGAGGGAUCUUUUUCAAGAAACCAAGAACUCGACAGGAUAUAUAAAAAUAUGCUGCCAGAAUAUAAGCUCUACGCUCGCCGCCGGGAUUUCGAAGACUUAUCGGGAUUGCAAGAAUUGGCCCAAGAGUACGAAACUUUGGAAGACGAAAGGACCCGAGAAAAUAAAAAUUUUCACGGAAAUUGGAGACGUACAGACCCUACAGAAUACGAUGCCAAAAGGACAUGCUUCCGAUGCAAGAUGACAGGUCACUUCCGUAGGAAUUGUAAAAACCCAUGGAAAAAGUUUUGUUCGCGAUGCGGCAAAGAAGGGGUCUACAGCAGUGACUGCUGUUCCAGACGUCAGGGAAACGAAUAACAGACUGGAGAAACAAGGAGUCGUUCCAGUCUGAGGAGCAAGAUUCGACUCCGCUCGUUCUAGCCGUUACACAACAAGCAAGCAACGACAUGCGACUAUUCGCAUCACUGAAAAUCGGACAAAGUUCCUACAAAGCAUUAAUUGACACAGGGACCACCAAAAAUUACGCCGGAGAUAGAAUAGCGCAGAUAUUCAAACACUCCCUACAUAGCUAUAACGGAAGAACUAGACUAGCAAACGGAUCUUCAAUGGAGCUCAACCAGAAGUUAGCAAUUGACUGCGAGAUCGAUAAUUUACAAACAAGACAAACAUUUAUAAUAAUGCCAGGGUUAACGGAAGAUGCAAUACUAGGAGUGGAAUUCCUCAGGGAACAUUCGAUCGAACUUAAGUUCGAUAGGGAUACAUCCAAACAGUACGAACAACAUCAAGAGGAAACAUGUAACACUUUAAAAGACUCCACUCAAAAUACAGAGAUAGAAAGGUUCCUAAGAAGAGAGCUUAGGGAAUUCGAGAAGUUAACAGGUCCCACCAACUUAAUAAAGCACGAAAUAAAAUUGAAGAAAAGGUGCGAUCCCGUCAAACAGCCGUAUAGGCGGCACAAUCCCGCAAUGUUGCAGAUCAUCAACCAAGAGGUGGAUAAAAUGUUGAAAGAAGGAACUAUCGAACCCUCCGCAAGUGGUUGGAGUUCACCGAUUGUACUAGUUAGAAAAAAAGAUAACUCGUACAGAUUUUGCAUUGACUUUAGAAAAGUCAACGAACUAUCAGAAAAGGACGCGUAUCCGUUACCUCGGAUAUCAGAAAUUUUGGAUAGACUUAAGGAAGCAAAUUUCAU